AUGCAACUAUAAAAAUCAAAAAUCAAGCCCCCUUUUUUGCUUGACGGUAUUGCAGCCGCCAACAAAGGGAAAGUGCUUUCUUAUAGGCCUGAGAAGGAUGUUCAUCUUGGAUAAUUCUUUUACAAUUUUCACAUGCAUCAAAUGAUGAGCAGAUUCAAAUAGGAUAGAUUGAGCUAGCGUAAUUUGCCUCAUUCCUUAUCCAAAUCCUUUGAUUAGACUAUUAACCAAUCGAAGGGUAAUAUUAAAUCUGGAUUACACAAGGCUUCAUCACCUUCGCAUAAAUCUUUUGUUAAAGCCCCCAAUAAUACGCAAAUAUCCGAAAUAUCCAGAUCCCUUUCCAAAGAACAUUUUGUCACAUUUCUUGAUUCUCUUAUAACAACAGUUUAGAAUGUUUAACAGUUAGUAAUUACCUACCUCCCCAAAGAACAAAUUGAGGGAGCUAUUAUCAAACAACAAAAAGAAUUAAAAAAAAUUAACCAAGCCACACAACUACUAACAAAGCAAUUAAGAGCAAACUCCUUGACUCAAAGAAAGGAAGUAGAAAAUGUAAAAACAUAGAAGAACUUUUCUAAAUUACCAUAAAUUAAAAAAGUUGAUAUCUCCAUGAACUCAUAAACCGAAAGAGGAAGGGAAUAAUCCACCAGAUAUCGUAAAACCCCAGGAGCAACCGUUGCUAUUUUAACCCAAAAAACUUUGGAAAGACAUAAUUAAAAAACUCAAGAGGAAUAUGAAAACAAUGGUUUUGAGCCUUACGAAUCAAACCAAGAUGCAUAGAUCAAACAAUAAUUACCAUCUCCAAAUGAGUGUUCUGAAAACAACAAUUAAUCUCUUAAAUCCUCAUAGUAGAAUAAAUAAGUUUAAAUAGGGCUAUUGCCAUCACUCAGAGCUCAGUAACAGCAACAACCAUAGAAAAAAUACUAAAAAGAGAUUUAAUUAGUACUUAGCAAACCAAAAUAGCAUAAAUUAGAAAAUUCCUCUAAUCGUACAUCGUAAUCCCCAAUUUAAUUAAAGUGCAGGAGUGUUGGCAUUAGAGAAGCACCUCCAAUUAAAAAUUAAUAAUAGAGUCUUAAGCCUGAGUUUAAGAAAAUAUCAUCGGUUAAAAUGGAAAAUAUGGAGAGACAGAAAUCAAAGAUUUAAUCUAAUUCCAAAGCCAAAAUUAAUGGUAAUGGAAGGAAGGAGAAUAUUCCUAUCUAGAUUAAAAUUAUUGAUGUUGAUGCUCAAAUUGAAAAAACAGAAUUGAAUUCAAAAACUGCCAAGACAAAUACUUAAGUGCCAGUAGAAAUUGUGGAGGAAGUCGUCUAAAAUUUUACCAAUGAAUCUGGGUUAUUUUAAACUCAAACAGAAACUGAACAAAAUAAAGUAGAAUAGGAGAAGAUUCAACUCUAAGGAAAUACUUUCUUUUAAAUUUAAGAGGAAGAGGAACAUAAGGAAUCUAUAGAUAAGUUAGAUGAAAGCAAUGAUUUCAAGAAGGAAAGUAACAAAAUAUUAAAUGAAAAGUAAGAUGAUAACAAUUUUAUAAAGAUGAUCUAGGAAUAAGUGAAAUAAAACGAUGAAAGACUGCUGAAGUAAUAAUAAACUGAUUAAUCUAACAAUCUAUUAGAAAGUAUGAAUCAAAAUAACAUGCUUAAAGUUGUGGAGUCGAUUGAAGCAAAGGAUGAGGAUAAUAUAGUCAAUCCAUUAGAUGAUAGUGAGGAUUAGAAGAAGAAUGAAUAGCCUAAUUCUUUAUUUGUAACUUUGGAACCUACAGAGCAAAAAAAUUAGCAAGAGGCUUAUCAAAAUGAGGGGUUUGAGUAAGAUUCAUGA